AUGUGCGACUUUUCCCGCUAUGGAGGACCCUCCAGGGAGUGGCUUGCUGUCGAAGCGACCUUACCGAUUCCGUCACCAGUCUCCGGUUACCAUUCUAUCCUGGAACGAAGGGAUGCCACGAACGAACGAAGGGAAGCGCAGGCAUCCCAGGCCAUGAAAACGCUCGCAAGUAAAGUGGAAAUGCACGACUACAGCAUCCCAACACGCGAUGGAGACGCAAUCGAGGCGAGAAGCUACCGGUCAGUCCCUCACCACGAGCAGGCCUCGCCAGUGUAUAUGCAUUUGCACGGCGGGGGAUUCCUGUUCGGCACGCUCAGUUCCGAGGAUGCAACUUGCGCUCGCAUUGCCAUCAACACCGGCGUGGUCGUCUUGGAUGUCAAUUACCGACAUACACCGGAGUUCACGUACCCCACUGCUUGGAAUGAUGCAGAGGACGCAUUCAUUUGGCUACAUGCUCAUAUCGACGAGCUGAGAGGGGAUAGUCAGCGCAUAGUGGUUGGUGGCAUAUCCGCUGGUGGCCAGCUCAGCGCGUCGCUCGUGCUGAGAAAAAGCCUAGGACUUGCAGCCAACAAUUUGCCAGGCAUAGCAGGUCAAGUCUUGAUGAUCCCUUGUCUGGUCCAUAUGGAUCUAUAUGAAAGGCAUCUCGCGCGAAUGAAAGACGUGUCUAUUUCAUCAUACUUUGAGAACGAAAAUGCGCCAAUACUUCCGAAGAGCAUCAUCAGAAUGUUCCUAGACUUUUUGAAAGUUCAACAUCUGGAUAUCGACGACCUGAUGCUAAAUCCAGGAAAUGCAUCCGUUCAUCAAGUUAGGGGGCUCCCUCCUACUACUUUUGCUAUUGCAGGGUUGGACCCGUUGAGGGACGAAGGGCUAUUAUAUGCGGAGACACUCAUAAAGGCUGGGUGA